AUGCUCUAUGUGGGUGGGGAUGAUAAUGUGGUUCUUAGCCUCUAUCUUCGUAUCUACCCCUCGCCACAGUCUAUAGUUCUUAGCCUCUAUCUUCGUACACCCUCGCCACAGUCUAUAGUUCUUAGCCUCUAUCUUCGUAUACCCUCGCCACAGUCUAUAGUUCUUAGCCUCUAUCUUCUUCUUACCCUCGCCACAGUCUAUAUACACCCUCGCCACAGUCUAUAUACACCCUCGCCACAGUCUAUAGUUCUUAGCCUCUAUCUUCGUACACCACGGCCUUCUAUAAUUCUUAGCCUCUAUCUUCGACACCCCUCGCCACAGUCUAUAGUUCUUAGCCUCUAUCUUCUAUACCCUCGACAGUCUAUAGUUCUUAGCCUCUAUCUUCGUACACCCUCGCCACAGUCUAUAGUUCUUAGCCUCUAUCUUCGUAUACCCUCGCCACAGUCUAUAGUUCUUAGCCUCUAUCUUCGUAUACCCUACACACCUCUAUCUUGCACACCCUCGCCACAGUCUAUAGUUCUUAGCCUCUAUCUUCGUACACCCUCGCCACAGUCUAUAGUUCUUAGCCUCUAUCUUCGUAUACCCUCGCCACAGUCUAUAGUUCUUAGCCUCUAUCUUCGUAUACCCUCGCCACAGUCUAUAGUUCUUAGCCUCUAUCUUCCCUACAUGCAUUUGUUGUCGCAAAUAACACCCCUCCUCCCUCCCUCUCUCUCCCUCUCUCUCUCUCUCUCUCUCUCUGCAUUUGGACCGUCCUUUGAAGUGCGGGUGCUAAUGCUCUAUCCGUUCUCGUCAAUGGCACAUUCUUUUUCUUCUGUCUGUUUUUUUCUUUCAUCCGCAGAUAGCUGUCCUUUUUAUAGAAAAAGUGACCACCACAUCGGCUCCAGCCAAAACUUCAUAAGGGACAGAAAAAUUUGUUUCUUAUUGGCUAAGUAUUCAAAAAAAUGA